AUGGCGAGGAACGACAUGUACCGAUUGAACGGCAUCGCGCACGUGGCAGGUUAUAUCGACGAAGAGCCAACCCGGUGUGUACGGACUAUCCGCAGGCAACAAAAGAUGAUAUUGCAUGACCGUAUUAUGCCUUACUUAGAUAGCGCCGGAUUGCUGCAUGUUGCUAGGCUAAAUGAUUAUUGGUUUAAGCUGGAUGAGCCACUGAUUAGUGCCUUUGUUGAGCGAUGGCGUCCUGAAACACAUACUUUUCAUAUGCCAUUUGGGGAGUGCACUGUUGGGAGUGCACUAUCACUUUACAGGAUGUGGCAUAUCAGUUCGGCCUCCCUGUUGAUGGAUUUCCAGUUCAGAGACAUGCCGAAUGAUGCUACAGAGCCCACGGUACAGGUCUAUGCUCGUGGGUACAUCAUGAUGUUGUUGUCGACGAUGCUUUUUGGCGACAAGUCUGGGGCCAGAGUGCACUUACGCUGGCUCCCGUAUGUUGCGGAUCUCGACGGACUCGGAAAGUAUAGCUGGGGUUCGGCGACGUUAUCUUGGUUAUAUAGGUGUCUCUGCAGAGUUGCCAAUCGGAAUGUGAAAAACUUAGCUGGGCCACUAUCAUUGCUGCAGUUCUGGAUAUUCUGGAGGUUCCCCACAUUCAGGCCGAGAGGGUUUGAUGUUAUUCUCUGGCCGCUUGCAUCCAGGUGGGGUAGAUACAUGCCGUCAUCAGAUGAGAAGGGUCCUCGGGUCAUUGCUACCCGACACAGAUUGGACAGGUUGAGAGUAGAUGAUGUAAGCAUAAUCUCCCAGAACGCGAUAUAG